GCCUCUUCUCUUCUCUUCCUGCUCCAUAUAAUCAUUGCCAUUCCCAAGGAGCCACAAUGAGCCGGCAAUUCAGUUCCAGAUCCUUCUCCAUGGGUGGAAGAAGGGGCUACUCUGUUUCAGGCAGUGGCUUCAGAACGGGCCACAGCUCAACUUCUGUUGUUCCAGUUGGUGGAACAGGAGCUUUCUCUGAUGGCUUUGGCAGCAGAAGCCUCUACAGCCUUGGUGGAAGCAAGCGGAUAUCCAUGGGCCUAGUUUCAGGUGGAGGUGGAGGUCAUUUUGCAGGAGGUUUCGGUGGAAGAAGUUUGGGCAAUGGUCUAGGAUUCAGCAGUUUUAGCUCAGGUUAUGGAGGUUUGGGAGGUGGUGCAGGCUUUGGCAGUGGUGCAGGCUUGGGAGGUGGCAUUGCCCUUGGCAGUGGUGUUGGCCUUGGUGGUCCCAUCGGAGGCUUUGGUGGUGGCGGAUAUGCCCUUUCAGGCCCAGGUCCCUUACCAGCACCAGGGCGGAUCCAUAAUGUUGUUGUUAACAAGAACCUACUGGCUCCUCUUCAUGUGGAGGUUGAUCCUGAUAUCCAGAGGGUUCGGACACAGGAGAGAGAACAGAUCAAGACCCUCAACAACAAAUUUGCCACUUUCAUUGACAAGGUGCGAUUCCUUGAGCAACAGAACAAAGUAUUGGAGACAAAAUGGGACUUGCUGUAUCAGCAGGGCACUCCAGCUCUGAGGGACAAUAUGGAGCCACUUUAUGAAGCUUACAUUGACAAUCUCCGAAGGCAGCUCGAUAACCUCACCAGUGACAAGAACCACCUGGAUAUAGAACUGAAGAACACACAAGAGCUUGUGGAGGAUUUUAAGAACAAGUACGAGGAUGAAAUUAACAAACGUACAGCUUGUGAAAAUGAGUUUGUGGUGCUCAAAAAGGAUGUGGAUGGCUCCUAUAUGCACAAGAUAGACCUGGGAUCCAAGGCUGACUCCUUGACUCAACACAUCCAGUUCUUAAGAGCACUCUAUGAGACAGAACUGGCUCAGGUGCAGAUCCAGGUUAGAGACACCAACGUUGUCCUACAAAUGGACAACAACCGAGAUCUGGAUCUAAACAGCAUCAUCACUGAAGUCAAAGCUCAAUAUGAAGAUAUUGCCCACAGGAGCAGAGCUGAGGCGGAGGCUUGGUACCAAAGCAAGUAUCAGGAACUGCAAACUACAGCUCACAAACAUAGUGAAGAACUGAAAUCUACCAAAGAUGAGAUUGCAGAGCUGACUCGGAUAGUCCAAAAACUUCGCUCAGAAAUUGAAAUAAUUAAGAAAGCGGUUAAUGGCCUGCAGUCAACCCUUGCAGAAUCUGAACAACGUGGAGAGCUGGCCCUCAAAGAUGCUCAGAAAAAGCUGCUUGACCUUCAGACUGCCCUAACCACCUCAAAGGAUGAGCUGGCUCGCCUACUGCGUGACUACCAGGAACUGAUGAAUGUGAAGCUGGCUUUGGAUGUUGAGAUUGCCACUUACAGGACACUGCUGGAAGGGGAGGAGAGCAGGAUGUCAGGAGAGUACCCGACCCCUGUCAACAUCUCUGUGAUCAGCAGUUCCAGCACCAUUAAUGGUGGUGGUGGAACAGGAGGAUACAGUGUCGGAGGAGGAAGUGGCUAUGGCAUCGGAGGAGGAAGUGGACUGAAUCUUGGUGGUGGAGGAGGUGGUUAUAGUGUAGGAGGGGGAAGUGGAUACAGCCUUGGAGGAGGAAGUGGGAUGAGCCUUGGUGGAGGAGGUGGUGGUGGAUCCAUCAGUGUUGGAGGAGUAAAAACCAGCCGGUUUAGCAGCGGAGGCAGCCUGAGUGGUUCCGGCAGCAUCACUGGGGGUGGAUACAGCUAUGGAAUGAGCAGCUCAGGUGUGAAGCUCGUAUCAUCCCCAAGCUCCUUCAACAGAAUAAGCAGCUAAAGUUUUGUUUUUAUGUUUGUUUGUUUUUAUAUUAAAAAAGUGUGUCAUUCCUUACGUCAAGAAACAACAACAAUGUCCAAUGAUUAUAAGACCCCACAGUAUGCAACACGUAUAUAUCUAUUGAUAACUUCCCUGAGCACAGUGCACUAGUUUAAAAUGGCAAAUAUGCUACUGCUCUGUUGAUUAUGAUACCUAUUAAGCUGAAAGAUAUGAUCAUUUGGUGUAUCUUUGUACAUCUCCAAGAUCUAGAUGAGGCGUGGCAUACUUAAAUAAUCCUCCCUCCACUAAAUUUUGGACUGUCUAGUCUGACUUUUUCCCUGACAAGCUAGUUUUGUAGGCUCAUAAAAGAACCGCUUGUUUCCUAAUAACUGGCAGCAAUGUUUGGCCAAAGAAUUAUCCACCUACAGGCUCUGAAAUUGUACAGGCUGUGCUGACUGUGUGUGGUUUACCUGUCUCCAGCCUCUUCAGCUGGACACCAGGCCACCUAACAUUGCAUAAAAAAUACAUCUUCAUCACUCUCUAGUCGUUUUUGGAUGUUCGUUCCAAGGCAGCUUCCCAACACUUACUUAUAAAGAUGCAUAACUCUGCAGCAAACAGGUAGCACAGUUUGUUCCGGGACUUCUGUUUCUUUAUUUUAUCUCUGUCUGUAAAGGAGAUCACCACAAACCUUUUUUUUUUUCUCCUGACAAAAGGGGAAAAGAACAUUAACUUAUAGCUGAAUCAAAAAACAAAAACAAAAAACAAUAGCACAAGAACAACAGAAGUGCUGCUUCUGAAAGCUUCCACGUUCUUAAAAGUAUUUUCAUUGUAAUCUGUUUUUACGCACUGAUACUGUCAACUUAUAUUUUCAGCAACUUUCAUCUCUCUUCAGACGUUACAUAUUGCUAACAAUGAGCCCCAGCUCAAUCAUCAAACAGGGUCAUUACUCACCUCAUGUAUCUGCUGUAGUAAGCUUCUGUCUAUGAACAAUAAAGCUGUUCAUUUUCAAGGUAUCUUUAGGCUCCUUGUUGUGUUUAGAGCUGAAAGCAUAGUAUCUCUGUACGAAAUGGGAAGAGAGAUACUUUUAUAGACUGAAGUGUUCAUGCGAACCUCCCCUUACUGUCUGUUCACUAUACAAAAAAGGGCUGAAGACCAACUCAUGAGAAGCCAUUGUGAGAACCAGCUAUGUGAAGUGGUAAGCAUGUUUUGGGUGUUCAGAGAGUUGAACAGCAAAAGGAAUGACAAUGUUGUAUGAAGCUAUACUUCUUUUUUUAAAAAAUCUGGCAUGGGAAAAGUCAACAUCUUGUUAAAAUUCUAAGGAGCUUGAAAUUGUCCUUUAAGUUUUCCAAGGAACGCUUAGCACCAUCUUCCUUUGGGUCUAUGGCUAGAGAGAAAAUAAUUUGGAAGAAAGUUGGAAGUACUGUUACUUUCUCUUUGUGAUGUAGAUACACCACUUUUUUUUUGUUUCUUUUUGCCACACUUGGCUCUGAUCAACCAUGGAAAGAACUUCUAAGGGAUUUGCCAUGGGGGCAAAUUAUCUAUAUCUGCUAUCUUCCAUUUUUAAAGCAAUGGGUAUGAUACUUGCAAUAAAUUGGAUGUAAUUUUAGUCAUCAGCAACUCUUACCUGUGUGCUAUAUUCAAAACCAAUGAGCCUCUGCCUUUGCUACAUCUAUUGUGUUAGCUUCUUACUUAAUUGACUCAUUCUGCAUCUGUUUGUAGAUUGUAGUCAUUCUCCCACCCUUCUCUCACUUUGCUAUGCUGGGGGAUGUAAAAUUGA